ACCAUUUAAGUAUCUCCAGCCGCCAGGUGAACAAGUGAAAGAGAAACGCGAAUCUAUAAAAAAAAAUAAACACAAAAUGCGCGGACAAUUGAAAACACUCGGAGUAGUUAGCUUAGGACUAGCGGUGGUGCUCCUCCUUCUCGCGGGGACCAGUGAUGCGAAACCCAUGGACCUGUACGACGAUGUGAGCGACUUCUUCGAUGCCAUCUCCCUGGACGAUGUGGCCAACACCGGACGGAAUACGCAUCCGGAGCAGUUCUGCCUGAUGCCGGCCCGUAAGGGUGUCUGCCGGGCUCUGAUUCCACGGUGGCGCUACGAUCCCGAGCAGAAGAAAUGCGUGGAGUUCAAGUUUGGAGGAUGCGAUGGCAACGAGAACAACUUCCCCAGCUAUAAGGACUGCAUGUCCACCUGCGAAGGAAUGUGAGGAGGAGCUCCCAGUUUGCGGGUCAGAUCGGAGUCCCAUUUAUGACCGAUGUGUUGCCAAAGGCGCCUGCUUUUUUCUUCGAUUCUGCAAAGUAGCGAACCAAAGGCAGCAUAAACAAUGUACUUUAAACUUUCACCCACAUCACAAUCCAAGCGAUUAACAGUUCUUUUCUACCUAAUAUUUAUGUAGUUUCUGUCAUUGAUCCAUUUAUUUUAUACUUUUUAAGGAUGUUGCCUUUUGCCUGCAACCUGCAACAUUUAGAGCUUAAGUUAUUGUGAUAAAAAAUAUUUACAAAAUAAAAAAAAUGUAUAAAAUA